UCUACUAUAUUCUACAGAUACUCAUAAUCUUUAAGUUUCUUAUUUUAUAACAAUUCUUUUAUUAGUUUCUUCUUCUUCCUUGAAGUCCACGUCUCAAACUUGUUUCUUUGAUUCUGCAAAUUAUUUCUACUCAAGAAAAUCUAACAAAAAUGGAAGUCCGAAGAAGAGCACAAGUGAUCGAUACCAAGAGGUGUUCGAAGCUGCGCGUGGAGUUAACGCCCUCACUACCUGACAGCCGCAUAUCGGAGCCUUUUUCUCCGACCACCACUUCCACAUCCCGGUCCCAACCACCGGUUCAAUUCGAUGGACCUUUCUCUGGUCUAAUCAUCUGCGUAACUGGUCUCUCUAAAGAGGCAAGGAAACAGGUGAAGGAAGCUACAGAGAGACUUGGUGGUGAAUACAGUUCUCUUUUGAAUUCUCUGUGUACACAUUUGGUUGUUCAGAGCUAUGACGGUCGCAAGUUUGAGCAUGCCUUGAAACAUGGGAGAAGAGAGAGUUUGCAUAUUGUUACUCUUGGGUGGUUUGUGGACAGUGUCCGUAGAAACGUUAAGUUGAGUGAGUCUUUUUACGCGGUCAAAAAUCAAGGAGAGACUAAGGUGAAAGCGGAUGGAUCAAAAUCCGUAUACGCAGUAGGAAAAGUACAUAGAAGCAUUCAAGGAACCGACUUCACGGGAAGCAAGGACUUGGAUUUCUCAGGCUGUUCUGUUUUCAUCGAUCCCGAUAUUUCGGAGGAAGCAAGAUCCCGGGUUUCACAGGUAACUCUUGAAAGAGGUGCUAAGCUUAUGAAUCAAUGGUUCAUUGGAUGUAAUGCAAGUCAUGUUGUAUGUGAAGCUGGUUCUGCUCUGAGAUAUCUUGGUCACUCGAGCAACCUUGUUACACCUCUCUGGCUUCAGAAGAGUUUGGAAGAGAAACCAAUGCACACUCUAGUUCGGAUGUCAGCUGAUUUGGCAAAAGAUCUUAGGACAAUGUUCGAGAAAUUGGGGAAGGAAUCCCACACGGAAUGUGUUCUUGAAGAUGACUCUAUGUUAACAAACAGGACUACAACACACAAAGAAAGGCAGAAAAUUGUGGAAUCCGCCAAAAAGGCUGUCACAAAUCGCCACGCAAAGAUGGGAAAGACGCUGAUCCAACCGCUAAAUCUGAGCAGCCUUUUAGAUUCUAUUUGCUGGACAAUAUCUGAACCAACCUCAACAGCUAGUGUUAUCAUAGAUAGUUUCAGCAACAACGAAGAUAACGAAAGAAAGUCUUUAUCUGCCUUCUUUGAUGCGAAAACCAAUGAUACAUUUACUCGGUCUAUGAGACUUCUUACAGAAAGUGAGAGAACGGAAUUGGUAUACAAAAACCAUUUUAUUACGUUACUUCUUCCAAUUGAUUGGUAUGGUGAGAUGGGACCUUGUUCCAGGUCGUACUUCAGUGAAACCGGUUUUACAUGUCAGCAGAUUCUCCAAAACAUCUAUGCGUUCUAUCAGGAAAACAUGUCUGAGGAGGAAAUCAAAGCGGCAAUUCACACUAACUCGAGGCACAGUGAAAAGCUCCGACCAGCAAACUCGGUGAUGAAAGAUGGCAAGACUGUUUUCAAACGUAUAGAGUUUCUCGGAUCCCGAAAAGGUUUCGAGAUGCUUAAACGUGUUAGUAGCUUCAACUGUAGUAACAUCUACGAGCUUAUCAUUAAGGCAUAACAAUUAACAGAUACAUUAGAG